AUGGCGUCCAAGUUGCUGCCGCUCCUGCGGCACUCCGCGCGCCUCCUCCCGCCGCUGCGACAAUCAGCCCCAUCCGCCCGUCGCAUCGCACAACCCGUCGCCGCGACGGCUCUCAUCCCACGAACCCUCUUCUCGACGACGCCCCUCCGCGCUGCACACUCCAUCCCUCGUCCGCCCCGGCGGCGCGUCAGUCCAGACUCCCACGCCGCGGCCGCCCCAUCGGGCGCCGACACACCCGCCUCCGAGGGCGCCCGCCCCGACGCGCCGUCAUCCGCCCCGGGCCAGAACCAGGCCUACUACCAGCUCUCCUUCACCUGCGUUCCCUGCGGCCACCGCUCCCACCACAACGUCUCCAAGCAGGGCUACCACGGCGGCUCCGUCCUCAUCACCUGCCCCGGCUGCCGCAAUAGGCACGUCAUCAGCGACCACCUUGGCAUCUUCGGCGACCGCUCCGUCACCGUCGAGGACCUCAUGCGCGAAAAGGGCAACCUCGUCAAGAGGGGCAGUCUCGGCGAGGACGGCGACAUCGAGUUCUGGCCCGACGAGGACGUAUCAGCGACCAAGCCGGGCGGCUCGGCGUAG